AUGAGUACCUGUAGAGAGCCUUCUUCGUUGCACCAGGGAUGCGCUGGCGUUGGUGCCGUCGGCCCGGUGCGGCCACAGCCCCUCGCGCCUCCCGACGCUCCGAGCCACGGCCCUCCAGGGGGGCUCGGGCAAGACCGGCAAGAUCCGCGGUGCACUGGGGCCGGGGCCGUCGGGGGCGGCGCCACGAGGGGCGGCCCCCCGCCGGACGGGUACGCGGAGGACGUCGCGGACCUCCGUUCCACGACCGCAGACUUAGCCGAGCAGCUGCGGGCCUUCAAUGACCUGUACGUCGGCAAGCUGGACUCGCGGAUCAUGACGGCGGCCACGUCGCUCAGCGGCCUGCACUCCAACGUGGAGCGCAUCCUGGAGCGCGCGCACGUGUGGGACACGCUGCAGCUGCACGUGGCGGCCUGGUCGGAGCAGAUGCACACGCUGUCCUCCAAGAUGGACCUCCUGAGCAGGGCGCAGGACAACCUGUCGGCGCUGGAGUCCCGCCUGGCCUCGCUGCCCGCGCUGGACUACCGACUGGAGGCGGUGGCGGCGCGCCUGGAGGACGCGGAGAAGCGCCUGGAGCUGCUGUCCAGGAACGUGGACGAGCUGCGGCUGGAUGUUCGGCGCCUCGACCCCGCUGUGGCGGCCGGCCAGUCGCCGGUGGUGCAGCAGUUCGCCACCAGGGGGGCACUAGCGUCGCUGCGGACGGUGGAGAGGAAGCUUGACCGGCUCCUCCAGCAGGCGGGCAAGCAGCACGCCGAGCGGCACGCCGAGCGGCAGGAGGCCCAGGUGUGGAGCCAAGGCGGCCAUGGCGGCCAUGGCGGCAACGCGGGGGCGGCCGAGGGGCGGCAGGGGCCGCAGUUGGCGCUCGAGGGCGGUGGCCGGCUCGUGGUGCGGUGCCACGCCGCUCCCGACGAGCUGGACAUCCUCAAGGACAUCUCCGCCAAGGUGGACGUGCUGUUCGACCAGAGUCCCCUCGGUCGGUCCGAGGACGACGAGGACGACGACGACGCCCUGGUCGAGGGCGACGCGGACGCCGUGGAGGACGUGCACCAGAGGCAGGGAAGGCAACCUUGCCCAUCGAGGAAGCGCGGCCGAGGUCGGCGGGGGCGGAGGCCGGCCAGUAGGGCCGGUAACUACACUGCCAAGGCCGAGCCAACAGCGGGGGGUGGGGGCAACAGCACCGCGACGGCAGCACCGCCGGAACCCUCGACGACGCAGCAGCCCUGGACGACGCUCCUCGCCGAGGCCGAGCUCAGCAGGUUCACGACGCCAGCACCAUGGCCUCGACUGGCCACGGCCGCCUCACUAGACAGCUGCUGUGCUCAACUUAUAUCCACAGACGAUCUUUCUUUACUUCUGGACCGGAUUGAUCAGCACAGCAGCUGUCCAGUACUUUCCGCACUGUUCCUAUUACCUAACCCUCUGUUUCUUCCACUGUUUCCAGUGCCCGUCAACACCACGGGCACCGCGGCGGUGGACGUCGGCCUGGUCUGCGGCGCGAGGGUGGCGGAGGCGCUGUCUGCCCUCACCCACGUCAUCCACGCCGUGUCGGCCCUGCCGCGCCCCAGUGCGCCUCCCCACGCCAACGUGACCGCCGCCGUGGACGCCGCCGCGCUCCAGGACUGCGCUGACGUCAAGGGUGGCAGCGGGGAGUACGUCCUGGCGGGCCGCCGCGUCUACUGCGACAUGGACACGGACGGUGGCGGCUGGACGGUGGUGCAUCGCCGCGGCGACUGGGGAGAGCCGAGACUCAACUUCAGUCGGUCCUGGAACGACUAUCGGGAGGGCUUCGGCGACCCGGCCAAGGAGUAUUGGAUCGGCAACAAAUGGCUGCACAGGCUGACGGCGGCGCGGCCCCUGACGCUGCGCGUGGACCUGUGGGACUGGGACGGCGAGCACGCCGUGGCGGAGUACGGCUCGUUCCACGUGGCGGACGAGGACGCCCUGUUCCGCCUGUCCGUGGCCGAGUACUCGGGCAACGCGACGGACGCGCUGGCGGCGCACAGCGGCAAGCCGUUCAGCACGUGGGACGCCAACCACGACUCGGCGCCCGCCUGCUGCCCGUGCGCGCCGGCCUACAGCGCGGGCUGGUGGUUCUACAGCUGCUUCGAAGCCAACCUGAACGGCGAGUUCCACACGCACCCCGAGGAGAACGAGUACUACAGGGGCAUCAUCUGGGAGGGCUGGCGGGGCGACUACUCGCUGAGGGCCGCCUCCAUGAUGGUGAGGGCCUCGGCCAGCACCAGCACCGCGGCCUGAAGCCAUGCUACGCUCGCAGUCGAUUUGAGAUGUGAGACAAAUGCUUGUUGAGAAAGAAAGAGAAAUAGAUAGCGAAUUAUA